AUGGAGUUGGUGGAAAGUAGUAUCCACUCUCUUGAAAAAGCUGUUGUGGGUAAAAUAUUGGGGCGUCGCUUGCCCUUUUUUGUCUUGGAAGCUGAAAUUCGACGGCAAUGGGGCCGGUUUGGUGAGUUGCAAAUCUCGACCAUUGGAACUGAUUGUUUUGCCUGUACCUUUGACACAUUGGAAGCUAGGGAUGCUGUUCUUUGUGGUGGACCGUGGUUCUUCAGUGGUAACAUUGUUGGACUCGAUCGUUGGACCCCGGAGUUCUCGCCAAGCUCUUUGGUGGGGCUGUCUUCGCCAGUUUGGAUCCGUUUGCCGCAGCUUCCAUUGCAAUAUUGGGAUCCAGAUAAUCUUAUUAGAAUUGCAUCCAUGAUUGGGGAACCGCUUUGGAUCGAUGCGCAGACAGGCGCUAGAGCAAGACGGGAAUAUGCCCGCAUUUGUAUUCGGAUGGAUCUUGCUUCCAAACUCCAAGCGGGCAUAUGGGUUAAUGGCUGGAAGGGACGAUUUUACCAACGAGUCGAGUAUGAGGGGCUCGGACUCUCGUGUUUUGAAUGUGGCCGGGUUGGGCAUAAGAGGGAGCAUUGCCCGUCUCGUCCUACUACUUCUGCGGCUCCUGGUAAUGCCGUUACGGCCCGUGCAGGAGGAUUGAAGUCUCCUGGGGAGGGGGGAGCCAGCUCGUCGGCCAGCAACAAGACGCCCCUGGGCGGUGGUAGUGCAGUUGUGGGCAUUAUUACACCGGUCCCCCCCUUGCGGUCAGCUGGAUUGGGGGACAAUUCUAGUCUCCAAUCGGGGGACACGACCGGGCUGGGUGGUUCUCCAACGCUUGCCACGCCAUGUGGUAUUGUCCUGGGAUCGAAAGGUCAGGAGCUAACCGAUGAUGAGAAGUUAUUCGGGGAAUGGAAUCUUGUGGCCCCGCGCAAGGGCAAGAAGCCAACGAGGAAGCCGGCACCGGAUGCAAAGCUGCCGCUCGGGGAGAACAAACCGAGGCAAGUCAAUCUUAGUGAGAUCAAAGAGCCAAAGGCGACUCGCAUGAAGGAGAAUUUUAGACCCAGCAAAGGGGACAAGAAACCAGGGAUUACCGAGCCGCUGCUCUUUAAAGCCGGAACCAGGCCGGCACGACCGAAGCUUGGUGCUUCCAAGGCGCACUUUGAUAAAGAACUUCAGGCCCUUGGACCCAUUGAGGAGGCACCACAAAAGCGGAAGAAAGAGGGUGGAAUUAGCAACGGCGGCGGGGACGCGUCCCCUAUGGUUGACUAA